AUGUUUUUGAAGGGUGCCAACCGUGUUACGGGGAGAGGCCGCGCCAACGCGGUAGGAGAGGGACGAAAUGGUGUGUACACGGAAAAACGCCCCGGCACAUCCGACCAUGGAUCGGCCGCUGUGAGAGGAGUCUCUCAUAGCUCCAAGUAUAUGCUUCUCGUCGUCGCUCUCGAUCGUCAAGGUUUUCAAAUGCUCCCGAGCCUCGAAGAAGACGUCGGUGUUGCUCGGAGGAUCGUCGUCGAUCGCCGAUUUACGAGCGUCACGGUUCGCGGUAUUGUGGAGUAG